AUGUAUUCAGACAAUGACAAGCGCUCCGUUCCUGGCGCGAGCCAGUCUGGAGGAGAACACGCCCAACCUGAAAGUAUCAUCGCUGCAAUGGACAGGCACAAAGGCCCAUUAUUGGGCACUGCGCUCACCAUUCCAUCCACAGUCAUUGCGCAAAUUAUUGGAACCAUCGGAUACCAUUUCGUCUUGAUCGACAUGGAGCACUCGCCAUUAUCUCCCGAAAUCACGACACAGAUGGUACACGCCAUCGUCGCUUCGUCUCGGGGUGCGAGUUUCCCCAUCAUCCGUGUGCCUUCCCAUGGCGUGGAGUGGAUCAAGUGGGCACUCGACAGCGGCGCAUCUGGCAUUAUUGUGCCCAUGGUUAACAACAAGAAAGAGGUGGACCGGAUUAUAGAUGGUGCCGCCUAUCCGCCUCAUGGUAGUCGAAGCUUUGGUCCGGCCAGGGCUUCUUGGGGUCUACCACGUGGACCGCAAGGAGGCGUGAGGGAGUAUUUCCAAAGAGCAAAGAAUGGUGAGGUGGCAAUCUUUCCAAUGAUUGAAUCAAAAGAGGGUGUCGCAAAUGCCGAGGACAUAAUUUCCACAACGGGUGUUUCUGGGAUAUUCGUAGGUCCAAUGGACUUGAGACUGUCACUUGGAUUGUCCGGCCUUGAUGGCAGUGAGCCAGUAUUCAUGGAAGCAUUGGAAAAGAUUUGUACACUGGGCCAGAAAUAUGGAAAGUUCAUCGGUUCCCUUGCAAUGGAUCCAGACAUGAUCAGAAGCCGAACACAGGACGGCAUGAAGUUCCUUGUUGUAUCUUCAGAUGCCAGCACAUUAUCCGCUGGACUUGCCGUUCAUCUGGAACAAGCUACGCAAGAGAGCCCAAAAACAAAGAGGCCCUCACUCUAG